CGUCCUAGUGGCUCUUUGAUGUGUCCGUCAUACGAGUUUACGGAAGUGUAUCCACCCACUGCAAAGAUGGAGGACGAUAUCUCAGAUAUGAGCAGACCACAAAUGUACUUAUUUGGUUGCACCUUGAAAUCGGACAAACGGGAAUUCAAAGUUGACCUAGACGGCGAUGAAACGGAGCAGCAGCUGUCACUGAAAGCAGUGUGUCUGGGAGCUGAGGCUGAAGAUAAGUUCCACAUGGUGGAAGUUGAAGGCCUCACUUACGACGGGAAGACGACAAAAGUGCCGCUAGCUGUCCUUAAACCUUCCGUCCUGCCCUCUAUGAGUUUAGGUGGAUUUGAGAUUACACCUCCAGUUACCUUCCGUCUCCAGUCUGGUUCUGGACCAGUUUACAUCAGCGGGCAACAUUUUAUUAGUGUGAAGGAUUCUGAUGAUGAAGAGGAGGAGAACAAUUCGUCGCCGGUAAAGCGGCCUGCAAAUCUGCUGGCAGGGAAGAAACCCCCAAUGAAAAAGCUGAAGAUGGAUUCCGAUGAUGAUGACGAUGAUGACGAUGAAGAAGACAGUGAUGAAGAUGAUGAUGACGAUGAUGACAGUGAUGAAAAUGAUGUGAAGCCACAGAAGAAUGUGGGAAAGGUGCUUACAAAGAUCCCGGAAUCCUCACCUAAGAAGCCCAUCAAGACUCCAGUAAAACAAAAUGGCCCUGCAGGAAAAGCCUCAGGAUCCGCUGUCAAACCACAGAUUAAGCCACCUGCCCCGGGAAAAGACAAACAACAGCCCGGCCCAUCUAAAUCUCUGCCUGAGAUUAAGAGCAAGUUGUCAACUGCAGCCAAGGAGGGAAAGCCACUUCCAAAGACAGAGCCGAAGUUUGAGAAUUACUUGAGAAGUGCUUUUAAAAUCUCAGACAAACAAGUGGCCACAUCCAAGCCUCUUGCUCCCACCCCUCAGUUGCGGAGUUACAGUCAUGCUCCGAGAAGUUUGUCGCAAACAUGUGCUUAAGAGGCGAUGAGUGAUUCCACAAUGCUGGCUGUAUCACAUUCAGUGUGAUAAUUGCUGUUUAUCAUCCUGCCUUUAAAUCAAUUGUCAGGUGCAUUUAUGUUUGACCUUUACAGAAAUCAAUGAGCAGCAGCUAUUGUUUGCUCACACAAUCCCAAAGCCCUUUAUUUCUAAGGAAAUAAUCAAAUUAUGUUUCAGGAUAAUUACUAUUUGCUCAUUUUUUGGUGAUUUCCCUCCCUAAGGCAGACAAGACUAAAUUAGUCAUGCUUUAAAUUACAUUGUACAUCAGGUGUGUUAAAGGGAUUUGUACAGUGCACUGUGGUUGACAGGAUCAAGGAGUCUUGUUAGGCAGAGAGCCAUAAAUCACCGGAUAAACCCACAUUAUCCAUGCACUUGCAGGAAAGAUACAGGCUUUUAAAAACUCAUAAACACAAUGUAUUUUAAAUUAAAGUGAUAGAUACUUUCCUGAUAGAAUUGUGACUUUUUUCUGCUGGCUGAAAUUAUAAGCUGGGGUUCUUAGUUAAACACUCAUUUUCAAUUCCCACUGAACUAGCUGCAGGGGACCCUUUGAAAUUCCCAGCAUGGGGAGUUAUGUAUGUGAUCAUUUAGAAUCAUUUUGAAUAUCAAUGGGAGAAGAAUCCCGAGGACCCAGUUUUAAUGGGACAAUAAGGGCCAGCCACAAAGGUUUUCUCUUUUUUUUAAGGCAGCAUGCAGAGAUGGACUCACUUUACAGCUACCAGCUCUGAAGUAAGCUACUCCCAACCACAUUCACACCUCUCUCUCAUUUAAAUUCAGGGUAAGUUAUAGCACAUUACUGAAAAAAUUCGAGACAACCUGCAUUUGAAUGCUGUCUGGGAGAGCCAGGCCAAUACACAAACCAUCCGCAGUUUAAAACGCACACACAACUUAAGGGACAAACAGUUUCUGUAACACUUAGAACGCCUCAUUUCAGCUAACAACAACAAUAAUAAUAAUAAUAAAAAAUACAAAACCACUGAAUCUACUUUUUUUUUUCAAUUAAAUACAUAGAGUGCAUAUUAGAUUGUCGGACUGGGUUAUCUUUGUUCAUGUGCGAAUACACAUUCAUUCCGAAAAGUUCUAAAAAAAAUAAAUAGAUCCAAAUUUAAAGUAAAUCAAAAAGCAUAUAAUCUCUGUGUUCAAGUUCUUUGCGCAACGCUUCGCCCACCAAGCAGAAAAAAACCUUCUCCAAGAUGAUGGUCUCUCCAAGAUUACCCUAUCAGGUGCUAACCGCUGACAUGUUUCCACCCACCAACAACAAAAAAGCCUCUCUGUGCCCAAAUCUCAAGCCGCAGACGCACAAACACCACUGACAGGCACUGCUGCGCCAUCCUCAGCUCCCGAACCUCUCCAGGGAUCCGCUCCUGUUGCUACCGCUGCGAUUCCUCAACAUUUUUUUUUAAUAUAAAUUGAGCUCGGAUAAGUUUGUCCUCCCAUAUUAAACAACUUCGUUUUGGUGGACGGCUCUUUUAUUUAUCGCCACUUUCUUUUUUCACUCUUGCACUUGAUAGCGUAAAAUGAUCCAUGCAAGGUGUAGAAAUCCACUACAGGUACGGACGGAGAUGAGAAGCAUGUGAUCUCCGGAGCAACAACCUUCGGUUUGUGGGGUAACUUAGCUGUUGGUGCGCAAAACUGAAGGAUACUUUUUUAGAGUGGUACUUUUGGAGAGGUCGUAUACUGACUUUCAUUCUUGACACAGACUUGCGGAGACGGUUUUUUUUUUUCGGGAAGUGAAGGAGACUGAGCAGAGAAGAAAUAAUCUUCUGGAUAAUUUCCUCCAACAAGGAAGCACCCAAUGUUGCACUCCGUAACUCUGCCGCUGGUGUCCCGUCAUCUGUCC